CAAUGUCCACCAAGUGGCAGAAAGGUACCGCAUCUGUCGUCACUGUCCGGUGGUGGUCUCCCAUAGCCGAUGAGCUCGAGCGAAAUGUAGCUGAAUCCGAUAUCUACGUACAUUCAACUUGAUCAAACAGUAGGUUUUCCGCAUACAUGGAAGCUUUUUCAGCUGGAGGCUCUAGUCCGCCCUAACAAACACGUGGGCUUGGGAGCUUGGUGGUAUUGCAGCGGUCUCAAAUUGCUGCUCUGGCAACACUUGGCUCAGUCGCCUUGUGAGUAUGAGAUGUGUGACCUCGUUUUCAUGUAGUGUGAUAUGUAUAUCUUUACCAUGGGCUCUGAAAGACGUUUUAUCGCCGCGUCAAUGCUGCGAUGAUCUACGCCGCACCGUUCAAGCUACGUCCCAUUGGAUGUGUCUGGCAUCGACGAAAACCACGAUCGCAACUGGCCAAUAUUAUCCAGCAGGCUCUCUCAUGAGCGUAUCACGAGACUCGAUCCGUGAUAUCAUUUCAUAUGCCCUUGGUGGUAAGAAUCGACCUGUCACAUAUCGAGGUACCCGAUGUGUAGCUGCCAACAGCGUAUCGAGACAGAGUCAAUGGUCCCCACAGAACGAACACCACUGGAGCAUAUCCACAUACGAGCUUCCACUCUCCUUCAAGGCCAAACCGGUCUGACGGUAGGAUCGACCAAGACAGACCGGAGGCUAGUGAAACGAGUCUAAGCAUCAGGGUGGGAACAACGAGCCAAUGCGUCGAGCGGACGGACCUUGAAAGAGA